GCUCGACAAAACGGUGCAUGGUACUGUAUAGUGCACUUGUAUCUGACAGUUGUGAUCCGGGAUUGCUACUGGCUCCAGCUCCGCGACCCAAACAAUAAAAAUGCUAGCCAAAAGCACAUAAGAAGGGGCCCCUCUUUUUCCCGUUCCUCCUCUUCUCGGAAGCUACAAUACCCCCUCGUUUCCUUUCAACCCGCAAUCUUCCACUCUUCCUACGGUACCACGCUCACCCCGAAAUCCCAAAUGACGACCAGCACUCCACAACCUCCGAGCAUUACAUUCAACGGCUACUCCGAAGAAAACCCUCAAUUCACCUUGUAUUCCCAUCCCAUCGGCCCCAAUGGUUCUCCCUCUCCCUCCAAUGAUGAUCCGUUGAAUUUCCCACUACUAACACCGAAACAGGCUGGAAAGCGGCCCAGAUCCUGUCCGAACUUGACCUAACCUAUCGCACCGUCCUCCUCGAGUUCGGCAGUGAUCCCGGCGGUAUGAAAACCCCAGAGUUCGAGCGUAUCAACCCCAAUGGACGUGUGCCCGCGCUGGUGGACCAUAGUGCGAAUGAUCUAACCAUCUGGGAAUCGGGCGCUAUCCUCCUCUACCUGGUUAAAAAGUACGAUACGGUAUAUCGCCUCUGGGCACGGACUCCUGAAGACCAGGCUCUUAUCGAGACAUGGCUGUUCUACCAGGUCUCCGGUCAGGGACCCUACAUCGGCCAAGCGACGUGGUUCGCACAUUAUCACCCUGAGGCUGUACCCAGUGCCCAGGACAGGUACGUUUCCGAAACCCGAAGAGUGCUCAGAAUCCUGGCGAAACAGCUGGGCAGAGAGGGUUCCAAGGGAUGGUUGGUUCUCGGAAGGAUUACUGUGGCCGACUUGAGUUUUUUGCAAUGGUACCUGCAUGCUUAUAGGGUCGGCGUCAACAUCCAGGAGGAGUAUCCAGUUGUUUGGGAUUGGCUGCAGAGGAUGCGGGAACGGCCAGCCGUGAAGAAGGCUAAUGUCGGGUGUGUCUUUCCGGAGCAAGAGUUUCAUAAGUAACCUUAACACCGUCCCAAGAUCGGAUCACAGAGGGAGCACUGACUGGGUGGUUAUAGUGACUCUGGGAAAGAGUGACCUCCGGGUUGACAUGGUGGCGCCCUUGCAUUCACAACCCAAUAGACCGCCUUUCUUCCUGUAGAAUCAGGACCUGGAGACUAUGUUUUGGGGGAAACGCUUGCGAGAUACUACGCCCAAAAGGUGAAUUUCAGUAACAAAGAUGUAUUUGAUACCGACACGGUGGUGCUCUGAAAAGACGCGCUCCCUUGUUCUUCAAUUAAUGCCAUAACGAUGUCUCCGAAAUUAAUGCGCACCUUGGUAGCUACUAUGCC